UUAUCUCAUUUGAUUUCAUGUCCUGAAUUGAAGGAAAAACUUUAUGCUUAAUGCAGUACGGUACUGUUACUUUAUUAUACAAGCAGAAACGCUGCAUAAUAGUAAAAUAUAAAUUUCAGUGGUAAAACCAAACAUAAACAGAACAUGGUGGAUCAUCUACCGCCUUUAAUUGAGAAUGAAAAAUCGUAUGCUAAUUGGAAAAAGGCAAUAAAGCUAUGGUCGAUCGCGACGAAUGUUCCAAAGUCAAAUCAAGCCAUUGUAGUCGCUCUGAGUUUGCAAGAUAAAGCAAGAGAAUUAGCAUUAGAAAUUGAAGAAUCAGUUCUUCGUAGUGAGAAUGGAAUCAGAGAAUUAUUGAAAAAACUUGACAUUACUUAUAAAGAAUUAAAAGCUGAUUGUUUUUCCGCAUUUCUUGAUUUUGAUUCUUGUGUGAGAUGGCCUUCAGAAGCAAUGGCAGCGUAUAUUACCAGGUUCGAAAAUCGCCAUUCGAGACUCAAAAUGUUUCAGACAUCUAUUUCUGAUGAUAUGUUGGGCUUGAAACUUCUUGCUGGUGCGAGAUUGUCUACCAGUGAAUCGCAGAAAAUAUUGAAUAACGAUAAUACGGAAUGGAGUAUGUCAACAAUAUCGCGAAUCCUACGCGAUAUAUCUGGUUCGGCAAAUGUAUUUGAUUUUACGAUACCAAACUCAUGGUCUUCAAGUUUUCCCACGCAUGUUGAUACAGAUUCCAGAAUUUUUCAGAGCAAGUCAAAACCUGAAGUAGCACAGUCUUCAAAAUUCACAUUUUCAAAACCGGUGUUUGGAAAUGUUGGAUUGUCAUCAACAGACUCAAAAAAUUUUCAGAGCAAGCAAAAACCUGCAGCGGCAGAGGCUUCGAAAUUCACAUUUUCAUAUUCAGUAUCAGGAAAUGAUAGUUUUUCUUCAACAGUAAGAAAUAAAAAGAAUGAUGAUGUUAUAUUUGUGUCGGAAGUAAAACCAACGGAAGAUCAACGCACAAGAGCUGAAAAAUUGCUUCUUCCAUCUACAUUUUAUCUAUAUGAAAAUAGAAUAUCAUGUGAUUUUGAUGAAAGGUUAGAAGAAGAAAAAGAAGACAAAAUACUGAAAUAUAUUCAUGAUCGAGAUAAUGGAAAAUUAAAUUAUAAACUACAACAUUAUCCUGCGUGUGCUGAUUCAUCAAUGACGACUACUGUUACUUCUAUUACAUCAUCAACCCACACUUCUACAAGUGCUACAUCAUCAUCUUUCAAAUUGUCAACUAUAUCUACAACUACCAGUCAGACAAUGUCACAAAGUGUUUCCCAAACACAAGCCUAUUCUAAAAAAGGAAUGUUGAUUGCUGAUAAGAAAGCUGGAGCAUGGAAUUGUUUUGAUUGUUAUGCUCAGAAUGGACCUACUGACUCAAAAUGCCUAUGCUGUGGUACACCUAAUCUGUCAGCACCCAAAGUUGAGGAAGCAAAAGGAAAGCCUUUUGCAUCAAAAUUCGGCACUUCUUCAAAACCAACUGGAUUUGAGGAAAAGAAAGAAAUAGUUUUGAAAUCGGUUGUUGAGCAACUUGCUAAAUUAACGACACUUGUCUCUGAACUACAAGAGAGAAAAGAAGUUGCAGAAUCGGUAAAAUAUCAAAAACAGCAAGAGGCCAUGCAACUACAGUUGCAGCAAUUGCAAGCUCAAGUCAAUCAGUCACAAUUUGCUACACCAAUUGCACUAGGAAGAGUUGUUCACUUGACUCAGUCGGAGGGGCAGAUGCCAGGCAGACCGAUGCACCAGUCCAAUGGUGGAAGCUCAGCUUUACAACCAGCACCACCUGAGUUGCAACGUCGACGUGAAAUUAAUUAUCCUGAACACAUCAAUUUUCCUGAUAAUAACUCAUGGAAUUAUAAAUUCCAAACUCCAGAAGAGAUGGAUAAAGCAAAUGAUAAACUAAAAGCAGAUGAAGAGGCAGAAGAUGCAAAAACAUCCCAGAACGAUACCGGUCCUCAUUUUGAACCAAUUGUGAGAUUGUCUGAAGUUGAGAUACGUACUGGUGAAGAGGAUGAGGAAGCUGUUUUCUCUGAAAGUGCAAAAUUGUAUAGAUGGACCGAAGGACAAUGGAAGGAAAGAGGAGUUGGUGUGAUGAAGAUAUUAAAACAUAAAGAAAUUGGAAAAUACAGAAUUCUUAUGAGACGGGAUCAGAUUCUAAAAAUAUGCUGUAAUCACUUAAUUGGAAAAGAUUUGGAGUUACAAGCGAUGCCUAAAUCAGAUAAAGCAUGGAUAUGGCAUGCAUUGGAUUUUUCUGAGGAGGAAAGCAAACAGGAAGGAUUUGCUAUUCGAUUCAAAACUUCUGAACUUGCGCAUUCAUUCAAAGAAAAGUUUACAGAAGGAAAGGAGAUUAAAAUUAAACACAGUGGAGGUACACCUGUACGCGCGUCUACAACUGUAAAGGUAACUUCACACAAACCUGCAUCUACUGUGGAUACUUUGCCUAAAACUACAAACUCGAUAAUGGCACAAGGAGAGACCAAAUCUUCUACCAAUGAUGUAACAAUCCCAAAAUUUUCUUUUGCUUUUCCAAAACCAUCAGCAGCAGCUGCUAACCUUGCAGCAAAGAUCGCGGGUUCCCCACAGAAGGUGGUUUCCACUGCUGAUCAAGAAACAAAACCAGAAAGUUCAAAUAAUGAUGAUGAUCAAAAUGAAGACAUACAUAAUGAAUCUGGAGAUGGUCCUCAUUUUGAACCGAUUGUUAAACUUCCUGAUAACUUCGAAACUAAAACAGGAGAAGAAGAUGAACAGGUUCUUUAUUGUCAUCGUGUGAAGUUAUAUAAAUACACUGACAAACAAUGGAAAGAAAAGGGAGUUGGUGAAAUGAAAAUUUUACACAAUGCUGGCACAAAGAAAAGUAGAAUUGUAAUGCGAAGAGAUCAGGUUUUGAAGCUAUGUGCAAACCAUUACAUUAUUCCUGAAAUGAAGUUCUCACAUCUUGGAAAUUCUGAUAAAGCAUGGACUUGGACUGCUGUUGAUCAUUCUGAUCCAGAUGUUGAACCUAAACCAGAAGUACUGGCUGUUCGAUUUAAAACUGCUGGAGAGGCUUCUGACUUUGUGAAGGUUGUUAAUCAAGCAAAAGAUAUAUUGCAAGGCAAAGAUGUCUCUUCAUUGACAACUACUGUUUCUUUUAUCAAGUUAUCAACCCAAACUACUGCUACGACAUCAUCUUUCAAAUUAUCAACUGUAUCUACAACUACCAGCCAGACCACGCCACAAAGUAUUGCCCAAACACAAGUCUCUUCCACAAAAGGAAUGUUGGUAGUUGAUAAGAAGGCUGGAGCUUGGAAUUGUUCGGGAUGUUAUGCUUUGAAUGAACCUACUGAUUCAAAAUGCCCAUGCUGUGGUGUGCCUAAUCCAUCAGCACCCAAAGUUGAGGAAACAAAGCCUUCUGCAUCAACAUUUGCAUUUGGCAUCUCUUCAAAACCAACUGGAUUUUCCUUUGGGAUUCCUUCCACGAAUGCAAGCGUAUCGAAACCAAUAUUUGGAAAUCAGCAGCCUGUGCAAUCGAAUUCAGCAACAUUAAGGUUUGGUUCAACUGGUUUUACUUUUGGACAAAACAAGUCAACUUCUGUGACUGCUGUGUCUACUACUUCAGUAUUCGGCGUACAAACUUCAGAAAAAUCUGAUACAGCCAGUACAGCAGCUACCAUCCCUGAACCAUCCGUUUCACAAGUAUCAACUACUGGUGUACUGAAGGUCACCAAAAAAGUCGGCAGUUGGAGAUGUGAAUCUUGUUAUGUUGAAAAUGAACAAGACAAUGCAAAUUGCCAAUAUUGUGGGCAAGCAAAUCCGAAUGCCACACAAGCACCAGCUGGAGAAGCAAAGCCUGGGUUGUUUGGCAUGAAUACAAACCAGGGCAGUAAAUUCUCAUUUGGAAUUUCUAGUCAACCAACAGUAUCUUCUACAAAGACUUCUUCCAGCAUAGUGUCUCCACCAAAAUUCAUGUUUGGGGAAUCUGAUGCAUCUUCAUCCUUCGGGUUCAAUCAACAACAACAAACCAGCAAUUUAUUUUCUAAUCUGAGUUCAACAGCACCAAAAUCUACUUCAUCUACCACUGGACAAUUACCAAAACCAAGAUUUCCAAGUGUCGGUGAUGAGGAAGAUAGCGAUGAGGAUGAAGAUGAUGAAGAUUACACUGAUGGUACGAGCUUGUAUUAUGUUAUGUUGAAGAAUACUAAAUCUCGUCCACCAAAUCAGGGGUGGCCAACCCGCAGCUCUUGCACAUGUUGCUGUCUUCAUCGUGUUUAUUUAAAUCAUCUUGUCAACUACGAUUCAUCAUGUUUCGAUUCAACAUAUGAUUAUUCGCUGUGCAUUCUUUUAUGUCGGAGAUACACGAGCGCCUUCGUUAACUUUACCGUAUAAUCUGCUAUUAAUAUGACACAAUUGCAUUCUUUGGUGUGAGUAAGCGUUUAUUGCACAACAGCUGUCGUAAUCGUAUCAAAAAAGUCCGGCGGCAAAUGCGCCGUUUACCAUUUGAGGGUAUCUUGAGGGAAUUUGUAUAUUAUCUGAAUUAAUAUAAUUAAUGGAAGGAAUGGACACAGAUACCUGUAAUGAUAAUUAUACAAAGGUAUAAGAAGCAGAAUAAUAUCACUGCUUCAUACCCAGAUCUGCAUA